AUGUGCGACCCGCGCCAUCCGACCGGCCCCUCCAGCCCGCACGGCUCCGCCUCCACCUCGGACGCGCUUGUCGCUGCUGCAGAACGUCACCAUCCCGUUUGCUCGUUACCAUGCUAUGGUUUUCACCCAAAAGCCUUUGCAAAAUUUAUAGAGCUGCGCGACCUGGAACAUAAGUCGCAAAGACCAAACUGGAACAAAGUUAAAGCAGAUUUCUACGUGCAGGGAGAGCCCUGGAGCAAAAAUGCCACUUGGGGGCCUGUGGCCAACUUUAGCUGUAGGUUGAUGGUGUCUGAGCUCAACGUGUGUGAACCAGAUGAUGAUGAAUUUAUAGAUGGGAGAGACUCGGAAGUCCUGCAGUCCACAGGCUAUGUGUUAUGUCCUUCCUCCCGGCGGCUUGGAUUGUCCUGUGCCAACUGUCACACCACAACCACCACUUUGUGGCGCAGAAAUGCCGAGGGUGAACCUGUGUGCAAUGCCUGUGGACUCUACAUGAAACUCCAUGGGGUGCCUCGACCGCUUGCUAUGAAAAAAGAGGGAAUUCAAACCAGGAAAAGAAAACCUAAGAACAUAAAUAAGUCAAAGGCUUGCUCUGGUAGUAGCAAUAAUUCUGUUCCUAUGACUCCAACUUCCACCUCUUCUAACUCAGAUGAUUGCAGCAAAAAUACUUCCCCUACAACACAACCGACAGCCUCAGGGGCGGGCGCCUCAGUGAUGUCUGGUGCGGGAGAGAGCACUAACCCCGAGAACAGCGAGCUCAAGUACUCAGGUCAAGAUGGGUUGUACAUAGGCGUCAGCCUGGCCUCGCCGGCCGAAGUCACAUCCUCGGUGAGACAGGAUUCCUGGUGCGCCCUUGCCCUGGCCUGAGCCUGCUGCCAGGGAGCAGGAGGGCGCGCGGCCUGCGGGGAUUUUUGUCAAGCCGGCCACACCAGGGCGAGUAUGCUGACGGAACAUUCCUCUGAUGCGUGAUUUCCGUGCCUUUAUUUUGAAAGAGAUGUAUUUCCUGAGAGGCCUGCUCUGCCUUCACCCUGCCCCUGUCUCUGAAGAGCCAGAGAGGAGAUGGAGAACUUCCAGGGAAGGGCCAGUGGAGCCCACAGCAUGUCGCCUCCUCCCCGGCCACGGUCCUUUCCAGCCAGCCAACCUGCCUCUGGGCCCGCCAGGGGAUCUGAUGUCCGCCGUGCCACUUCCAGAAAGCGGGACUAGGACCAGGGCCUUGCCUGCUAAGGAAUAUUGAGAGAGAUUUUUUUUUUUUUUUUUUAAAAAAAAAAGGUUUUAUGUGUAUUGCCCCAAAUCAUGUGCUUCUUCUGAUCGGUUUUGGUUGUUCCAAAAUUUCUUUGUACCUUUUCCACACCUGAAUUUCACCUGCUUUCAUGGAGAAGACCAUUUGGUACACACCUCUGGAGGCUGAGUCAGGACUGUGACUCAGUUGGCAAGACUGCAUUAUGACUGUAACGUACACUGUGACUGACGUUUCUCAAAGUGCAUAUUGUGUGACUGAUCUGAAGUCAGUCGGGUUUUGUAAACAGGGUAGCAAACAAGAUGUUUUUCUUCCAUGUAAACAAUAAUUUUUUUUUAAAAGUGCAAUUUGCGUUGCAGCAAUCAGUGUUAAAUCAUUUGCAUAAGAUUUAACAACAUUUUUUAUAAUGAAUGUAAACAUUUUAACUUAAUGGUACUUAAAUAAUUUAAAAGAAGAAAAUGUUAACUUAGACAUUCUUAUACUUCUUUUACAACCGCAUCCCAUUUCUAUAUUUCCAAUUGUGAAAGAAAAAUAUUUCAAGAACAAAUCUUCUCUCAGGAAAAUUGCCUUUAUCCAUCUGUUAAGAAUUUUUAUACAAGAACACCAGUAUCCCCUCUUUAUUUUACUGUGGAAUGCGUGCUGGAAAAAUUGCAACAAAACUUUACUACCUAACAGAUAACAUUUGUAAAUACUGUAGGCAUCUGUACACACUACGAUGAAGUCUAUAGUGUGACUAACCCACAGGCAGGUUGGUUUACAUUAAUUUUUUUUUUUAAAUGGGAUGUCGUAUGGAAACCUAUUUUCACCAAAGUUUUAAAAAUAAAAAGGGUAUUGUUUCGUCUUCUGUACAGUGAGUUCCUUCCCUUUUAGUUUCAUUUGGAUACUGUAUGUGGCUGGAGAUGUUCAUAUAAAACAAAUGCAUGUGAUGUUUGUAAAUUGCCUUUUGGCUUUCCUUUCAAUGAAUUGUUCUUUUGGAGCUGC